AUGCCAGACGCAUUUCAUAGAGGAGUCCGUAGAAUGUUGGAGAAUUGGAUGCGAGAUCGGCAAGAAGAGGCGGCGAGGCGCGAGCAACUGGCUCGCGUCGCGGAGCAAGGAGGGCGGUUCCCGGUUGUGAGUUUUUUUUGGGAUUUCAAGACCAAAGUAUGAAGAGUUUUCUCUAAAAUUCAUACAGAGAACACACAAAAGUGAGAGAGUGGAUGAGAAAAACACCUUGUCACUCCCUUAUUUUUUUGUGUUCUAUUUCUGAAUCGAGUUGAAGUAACUUUCUAAAACUUUCUUGUGCAUUCUUGAAAAUUCGAGUUUUUAUGUUUCCUUCUUUCAAAGUAUACAUGAAGUGAAUUUACAAACCAUAAAAAUUGUUGAAAAUUAAAAAACCGCUUUCAAAAUAUGAAAAUUUUACAAAAAAGACACAUACCGUCAAUCGACGUGAUUUUGUCAAUUAAGUGACGAAAAUUGUGUUUUUUUUUCAGCGUGCCCCAGUUCCAAUUGGAGACGAGCCGGUAGCCGCGCGGACUCGUUAUGAGAGCCGCAUGCUCAUGUUGUGGGAGAGGUAUUGCACCUAGGUAAGUUCAUUUAUUUUGAAAUUCAAAUGUAUAGAAAUAAUGAAUAUUUUUUUCAGACCACACAUGAGUGUGCUGCUCUCCCGCCCCCUCCUUCUCUCCUCGCCGCAGCCAUCUCGCCGCCGCCGCCACCGCCGCCGCCGCCGCCAACGCCAACGCCAACACCACCACCCUCCAACGAUCUACGGCUCCUUAUUUUCAUUUUCUUUCCUAG